CGGGAAAAGGGGAAUUCCCGACGCUCAUUAAACCCCUUUUCCCGACGUUUAACGCGGCGUCGGGAAAAACCCCUUUUCCCGACGCUGCUCACGACGCACUGUUCACGGCGUCGGGAAAAACCCCUUUUCCCGAUUUACUUUUUGCCGACGCCUUCAUGUUGCGUCGGGAAAAAAGGUUUUCCCGACGCCGCUCCCGACGCACUGUUCACGGCGUCGGGAAAAACCCCUUUUCCCGAUUUAUUUUUGCCGACGCCUUCAUGGUGCGUCGGGAAAGAUUGUUUUCCCGACGCAUCGCCCGACGCGUUGUUGAGUGCGUCGGGAAAGCCCUUAUUUCCGACGUUCUUUAUGCCGACGUGCUUUUCGGCGUCGGGAAUUCGCCAUUUUCUUGUAGUGAAUAGGAAUAGAAGGAAUGAAUGUUUUUUUUUUAUCUCGUACGUAUUUUUUUUUUAUCUCGCACCUAUCUCGCACGUAUCUCGCACGUUCCAAACUUUCACUAUUUAUUUCAAAAUCAACUUGGUACACCUCCUAAUCCAUUUAGAGCUAUUCUUUGCAUGUUUAGUAACUCUCUUAGGCCCUCAUGUUUUAUCUCGCAUGUAUCUCGCACACAUCUCGCACACAUCUCGCACGUUCCAAACUUUCACUAUUUAUUUCAAAAUCAACUUGGUACACCUCCUAAUCCAUUUAGAGCUAUUCUUUGCAUGUUUAGUAACUCUCUUAGGCCCUCAUGCUUUAUCUCGCACGUAUCUCGCACACAUCUCGCACGUAUCUCGCACGUUCCAAACUUUCACUAUUUAUUUCAAAAUCAACUUGGUACACCUCCUAAUCCAUUUAGAGCUAUCCUUUGCAUGUUUAGUAACUCUCUUAGGCCCUCAUGCUUUAUCUCGCACGUAUCUCGCACGUUCCAAACUUCCAUUAUUUAUUUCAAAAUCAAAUUGGUACGCCUCCUAAUCCAUGUAGAUCUAUUCUUUGCAUGUUUAGUAACUCUCUUAGGCCCGCACACAUCUUGCAGUUAUUUUUUUUAUUUCUUUACAUCUUGCACGCAUCUUGUAGGUUCUUAAGUUCAAAUCAAUUUUUGAAGAUACAAAACUACUUAAGGUAGUUUAAGGAUGGCACAUGUUCGGAUUUUAGUGUGUCACGGUGGUGCAUGAGAUGAGGGACGAAGAGAAUAUGAAGGAGGAGUGUUAAAAGGCAUUGUUGUCCCUAAAGAAAUAACGCACAAAGAUUUACAAUCUGAACUAUAUGACCUUGCAGAAGUUGACCCUACAAAGUUCGACAUAAAGAUAAGAUGUAUAUAUGAGAUCAAAGGGGAAAAGGAAGCUCCUCCAUUUGAGUUAAGCAAUGAACGUGAUUUGAAGUUUUAUAUUCUUAGUGAAAAUCCAUUGGAGGUCCCCCUAUACCUAUCAUUUGAGCCUACAAGCAAUCGAAGCAUGAAAGUGUUAAACAAAUAUUACAAUUCAGUAUCUGGGAGCAACCAAGUUCAAAAUUUAAACCCUCAUCCUCCAAUUGGAAUGGAUACAUUAGAUGAGAAUGAAGUUGAUAUUGGUGAAGUUCAGGUUGGCUUGUGUGAUAACAUGAUAGGGACCCAUUCGGCUAUAUGGGAAUCAUAUGAGUCAUAUCAUUCAAAAGAUGAUAUUUUUACAUGGGAGUCAGUUGAGAUGUACAAUGAAUUGUUUGACAUCCCAGAACAAAGAGAUGCUCCUACAAAAGAUUGCAAAGGAAAAGGUAAAGUUGACUACAGCUCCUCUAGUCGGAAGUUGAAGACAAAAGGAAGUGGCUAGUCGGAAGAAAGCUCUACAAGUGAAGAGUUGGAUGUAGGACAAAUCUUUUUUUGCAAGAGAGAUUUGUCAAUGAGAUUAAGUGUGUUGGCAAUGAAAAAAAAUUUCAGUUUGUAGUAAAAUAGUCUACAAAAGAGGUUCUUUUCGUUAGAUGCAUCGACAACAAGUGUGGUUGGAGAUUGCGAGCGGUUAGACUGAAGGAUUCAAAUAUAUUCAAGAUUAAAAAGUAUGUGAAAGUUCAUUCAUGUUCUCUUGAGUUUUUGAAUCGUGACCAUAGGCAAGCAAAAUCUUGGGUUGUUGGAGAAUUAAUAAAGUCCAAAUUCAAGGGACCCGGUCGCAUAUACAAACCACGUGAUAUCAUAGAAGACAUGAGGCAAGACUAUGGCAUAAAUAUGAGGUAUGAGAAAGCAUGGCGUGCCAGAGAAAAUGCAUAUGAACGAGUGCGAGGGUCUCCUGAAGAGUCAUAUAAUCUUUUGCGUAGAUAUGGUGAAGCACUCAAAUUUACAAAUCCAGGUACAAUAUUUCACAUGGAACUCGAAGAUGAUCGUUUCUUUAAAUAUCUUUUUAUGGCUGUUGGUGCAUGUGUUAGAGGAUUCUUAAAUUGCAUUAGACCGGUCAUAGUCAUGGAUGGAACAUUUCUUAAGAACAAAUAUCGGGGUCAGUUGAUAGUGGCCGUUUGUUUAGAUGGUAACAAUCAGAUCUAUCCUCUAGCCUUUGGAGUAGUUGAUAGAGAAACAGAUGAUUCAAUACAGUGGUUCUUAGAAAAAUUGAAAGGUGCAAUAGGGGAGGUGCCUAAUCUAGGCUUUGUGACAGAUCGGAAAACAUGCUUCGCCAAGGGUAUUUCAUCAAAUUUUCCCUCUGCAUUCCGCGGCCUUUGUGUCCAACAUUUGAGUCAAAAUUUGCAUGAUAAAUAUAAGAAUGACACGGUUGCUACUUUGUUUUAUAAUGCAUCGAGAACAUAUCGUGAAUCAACGUUUGUAGAAGCGUGGAGACAUCUUCUUGCAUUUCCUAAUGGUUCAGGGAAAUAUUUAAAUGAUGUUGGAAUAGCACGGUGGUCUCGUGUUCACUGUCCAGGAAGACGGUAUAACAUGAUGACAACAAAUAUAGCAGAGUCCAUGAAUUCUAUACUGAAAGAACCUAGAGAUUUGCCUAUUGCUUCAUUCCUUGAAAAUGUUCGAGCUUUGCUACAACGUUGGUUUUGGGAGCGUCGAGAAGAAGGCAUUAAAGUGACGUCUACAUUGACCAAAUGGGCAGAGUUAGUUAUUCAAAAGAAACAAGAAGGAGCUUUGACAAUGAAGGUCAACCCAAUUGACUGUUACCAAUUUCAUGUCAAAGAUUUAGAUAAGGAGGAGGUCGUAAACCUUCAGACUAAAGAAUGCACUUGCAAGGAGUUUCAAGCUGAGCAACUACCAUGCUCACAUGCCAUUGCUGCAGCACGUGAUCGUAAUAUAAAUGUUUAUAGUUUAUGUGCUAAUUAUUACACUAAUGAAUGUUUGUUGGCUGCAUAUGCGGAGGCCGUCUACCCAGUUGGGAAUCAGUCAGAUUGGAAGACAAGCGAAGACUACGUACAUAUGAUUGUUUUACCUUCAAAAGUAGUCAAAAGAGUUGGUCGACCGAAGAAAAAGAGGAUUCCAAGUGUUGGUGAAGCUCCGAAAUUGCAUAAGUGUGGUUGGUGUAAACAAAUAGGUCACAACAGAUUAACGUGUACCAAUCCAAUUUCAUAUACCGACAAGUCGAGCAUACAAGAUUAGAAAUUUCUCUACCAAUGUACUAAGUAUUACACUAAUUAAUGAAUGUUUGUUAAUGAUGUGUUUUCUUAAUGAUUUGUCCCAACAUUCUUACUUUCUGUGCUUCCAGAUGGAUGAAGAAGACGAAAAUAACAAUUGACUUAUUCAUUUAAGAACACAAAAACUGGUUUUAGGAUUGUUUAAAAAUAUCUAAAUGAUCGUUUAAAAAUAACUAAACGAUCGGUUAACAACAACCAAAUGAUCGUUUGAAAACAACUAAACGAUAGGUUAAACAAAACUAAACGAUCGAUUAAAAACAAGCAAAACAUCGUGUAAAAACAACCAAACGAUCGUUUGAAAACAACUAAACGAUCAGUUAAACAAAACUAAACGAUCGGUCAAACAAAACUAAACGAUCGUUUAAAACAACCAAUCGAUCGUUUGAAAUUAACUAAACGAUCGAUUAUAAACAACUAAACGAUCGUUUACAAAAACUAAAUGAUCUUUUAAAACAACGAAACACACCCGCGAAUUGUUUACAACCGCGAUUCAACAUUUCAAAAAAAGUACGCGAAUUUACAAUAUUGCCCCUUUGGUAAAAACAACCGAUAUAUACGUUCCGCCUUCUUCGUUCGUUUUUCGUCACUACGCAAUACACAACCACACUGAUCACUCACCUUCGUUUUCUCUCAGUCCAUUGUUCUCUCAGACCAUUUUUGUCUCAGUCCAUAUUUUUCGUCAACGUCAAAAGGUAUUUUCCCGAACUUUUCCUACUAUAACGUUACACUUUUCCUUUCUUUAUAUUUCAAACGUUUCGACUUCUGUUUUCAAAAACUAUCAUUGUGUUCUUAAAUUAUUAUUGUGAAGCGUUUAGGGUUUCGGAUUCGACUUCUGUCUUCAAUAUAGUUCUCCAGAUUGUUAAAUUUAUUACUUUUCGAUUAACUAUCAUUUCAGGAUGGCUGUACCUAGCGACAAGUAUUUUCCUGCCACUGUGUCAUGCCAAGUGCACAAGAUCGGCAAUCUUAUUAAGGAUAAACUGACAAAAGACCAGCUGCAAAUGUUCGAAAAAACAAUUUUUGGUCUAUUGCUGAAUGUGAACAUGGUCUUCAACGGCCAGUUGAUCCAUCAUUUCUUGCUGAGGCAGAUACCUGAAGACGGUAACGCAGAUGGAAUCUGUUUCUCAGUUUUAGGGAAGAUCGUCCGUUUUACCCAAAAGGAAUUCAACAUCAUAACUGGAUUGUGGCCAACAAACAAUCCAUUGGAGAAAGAUUGCGAUAGCAAGCGCCUACAAAGUCUUCUAUUCGGAUCAGAAAAUAAGAAACUAAUAACAUGCUUAGAAAUUGAGGAAAUUUUCAAGAAUUUUGAGUUUACAAAUGAUGACGAUGCUGUGAAGGUCGCCUUGGCCGUCUUUAUAGAAACUGUGAUGGUCGGGAAGGAUAAGAAAACACAGUUUGACAUGGAUAUUUUGGGAAGAGUUGAUGAUGAAGAAGCAUUUAAAAGCUUCGAUUGGUCAACUUUCUUCUACACUCGUCUGCUCAACAGUUUAAAGACAAGUCUCCAAGGAAAAAAAGAAGCAUAUGAGCUGAAGAAGACACGAAGUUCCAAAGCAGUGUCAUACUAUAACAUCAAAGGCUACGUGCUUGCUUUUUAGGUGUGGGCUUAUGAAGUACUAUCAACUGCAAAUGAGCACCUGGCCACAAGAAACAGUAAGGGAUUAAUCCCUAGGAUAUUGAGAUGGAAUUGUACGCAAGCUCCAUCUUACGAAAUGCUGCAGAAGAACAUAUUCGACAACAAAAAUACUGUUGUUCAACCUAAACUGAAGAUGUCAACCCAAGAGAAGGCUUUCAUGAAGAGUCGAAUUCGAGGGGAUGAUAACAUGCAAAUGGAGGACGAUGAAUCCAUUGGAGCAAUGAACAACAAAUCAUUGGAGCAAUCAGACUCAUCUCCACAAAGAGAACAACUGUCACCCCAAAGAGAACAAAGUCAAACAGUGGCUGACGAGUCUGAAAUGCAUCCAAUCACCAAGAAGAAACAUUUCAGAUCAAAGAAGUCCAAUGACAAAGAAGAACAAAGUCAUUCAAAAUCCUACAAGAAACUGAAGUAGGAAAUAAAAGAAGUUCGUAAGGAUUUAUCCACACUGACUUCUAUAGUCUGUAGGAUGGAUGACACAAUCACAAAGCAGUCAUUGGAGUUGUAUGAAAUGAAGCAGAUACUGGAGAGAUUGGUCCAGAAUCAAACUGAAAAUCAAGGGAAUGAUCAUACUGAUCAGAAUGACAAUGAGUAUGUUGUUCAAGAACAACAUACUGAACAACAACCUACUGAACAACAACAUACUGAACAUCAAGAGGAAACCCAAAGAGAACAUCAAGAGGAAUGUGGUAGUGAUAUAAGCAUAGACGGUAGGGAUGCAGACUUGCUAAUGACUAUAAGAGAUAUAUCGGAUAGUCUAAGUCAUCAAAUUCAGAAAGAAACAGACCUGCCACAAAUGAUUACUACCCUUCCAUUUGUGAGCCAACCUCUUGCACUUUGUGAAUUGGCUCCAUUGGAUCAAACUGUACAAAUUGUAAAUGAAGAAUCUCAACUGGAAACAACAAAAAAACAGGUUGAGAUUAAAAAAAAUGAUAAAGCAGUUACUUUGGUUGAAAAAGAACCAGUAACUGUGCCUGAUAAAGAUGAACAAGAAAAACCAAUAAAGAGAAGAAAGCUAUGUAAAAUAGCAAAUAAAGAGGUGCAAGAUGAAGAUGAACAAGGUAAUCCACCCACAACAUCUGCUCAGAUCAUAUCAGAAUCUACAACACCUGUCCCAGAUGUGGAAAUCAGAGAAGUAGAUACAUAUAAUCCGAUGUGGAAAGUGGAUCCAAAAUUAUGGAAGGAAUACUUACAAUGGAAAAGAUCAAGAAAAACAACCCAUGAACAAAGGAAAGUAGUCUCCACAACCAGAAAGAAAGACUUUUUCAGACAGCUUGAAGAAAACACAUGGGUACAUAGAGACACAUUGGAUUUGCUAUUAUCCCACUUGCAGAAUAAAAUGUUGCAUCUCAAGCACCAUUGCAAGCGUUCUUUUAGAAUAUUACAUUCCUCGUUUCUACUUGGAAUCAAUAAACCAGACUGCAUUGUUUGGAACCAUAUUUUCGAUACUCAUCUGGUGACACCAGAUAAUACGAAAGCUGAAUGGACAGACCCAACAACACACCUAACUAUAUGGAUAGAAAAAGAUGUGGAAUACUAUUUCAACACUGCUGUUGGUGAUUACAACCACAUACCAGGGUGGGGAGAUGUCAACUACGUGAUUACCUGCAUCAACAUAAAAGAACACUGGUUGGCUAUUGCAGCUGAUAUGAGAAAAUGCAGGAUCUACGUGUUCGACUCAAUGCCAAAUUAUGUUGAGCAGAAACUUGUUGAUGAAGCUCUUCAAAUGCAUGCACGAUGCAUCCCCUCACUCGCGAUUGCAAUUGGAGUCAACCUCCAUUCAGAUCAUUUCACAUAUGGCCCUUGGCCAAUACGCAGAUCAAAGGCCACAUUACAGAAAGGGCGUUCAUUGGAUUGUGGAAUUUUCUGUGCUAAAUUUGUUGAAUGCCUUGUAACUGCUAGUGACCUUGGUUGUGUAACUGUAUCAAACAUGAAACUGUUUAGACAACAAUAUGUGCUGGAACUUUGGGCCAAUAAAUACUUUUGCUAAAUAAAAAAAUAUAUAUUUC